CCCGCCCCUUCUGACAUGUUUUGGUGUGGCCAUUUUACACUUAGGUUAUCUGCAAAUAAAACGCCCCUCUUAAUUGAAGUCCAGCCUGUCAUGUAAAGACGUAUAGUUAGUUUGCUUAUGAGGUGCUGAAAAAAGGCUCAAAUAGUUGGAGCAGUGAAUCUUGGUCGGCAUGGAAUAUGAGCGGAGCAGGGGUGGAAGAGGUGAUCGCAUAGGUCGCUAUGGCAACUUUCACAAUGACCACAACUUCCAGGACAUGGACUACCGUGAUUGUGGACAAGAGGAUGAGGAAGCAGGACAUGAUAUUGGAAUUGAUGGAGAGAGUUUAUACAUCAGUGACGAGCAGCCACUAAGCAUCCAUGACGUCUCCCCAGGUUUCCCCCAAAGUCGACCCGGCUUUCACCUGAGACGGGGUGGCAGAGGGGAAGCGAGCCGUGAGGGGAAAGGCCUCUUGUGGCCCCCUUGCCCCCAGCCACACUCUGAUCUUCCUCAGCUACAAAGAGAGAUUGACGGAUCGAGGCAGGAAUUUGAGCACUUCCAAAUGGGUCUGCAGGAAAGAGGUCGGGGAAGAUGUGGAAGAGGUUUUCCUCACAGCAGUGGCUCACAUUUAGGAGCUCGGGAGGGUGGCUGGCAUGCUGCUCCCCACUCGGAGUCAAUGGAGUUUGGCAUGGGUAGACAGAGAGAAGAAGACAGGUUCCCAUGUGGGGGAGCAAAGAGAAGAAUGUUUCCUGUGAGGAUAGAAGAGCAUGGGAACUCUGGUCCAGACAUGUCCAUUGAAGAACUGGAUCAGAGGGAUCAGGAUUACCGUGUAGAUUUGGACCAGAACCAGAGGCCAAGCAACAUCAUCAUGCUUCGAAUGCUGCCACCCAGUGCCACCGCCAGUGAAAUUCGAGCUCAACUUUUGGAGCAGGGGGUCCAGCCGAGGGAGGUGCGCCUAAUGAGGAACAAAUCUUCAGGUCAGAGCCGAGGAUUCGCCUUCGUCGAGUUUAAUCUCAUACAGGAGGCCACCAGCUGGAUGGAGACCAAUCAGGGAGCGCUGUCGAUUCUGGGACACAACGUGUCGAUGCACUACAGCAACCCCAAACCGCGUGCCAACGAGGACUGGCUCUGCAACAAGUGCGGAGUGCAGAACUUCAAAAGGAGAGAGAAGUGCUUCAAAUGCAGUGUACCUAAAUCAGAGGCGGAGCUGAAGCUGCCACAGAUGCAGAGGGAUCUGCCUGCUGGCCUUCAAAAGGAGGGGGGCCAAGGCUUAUUGCCCCUGCCAGUUCCUUAUCACCCCUCUGGUGUUGGUGUGACCCCGGGGCAGCCGAUACAGCAAACUGAUGUUGCCAAUGACACUCUUAUACUCAGAAAUCUUGGACCGCAUACCUCACUGGAAAGCAUUGUGACUGCUUUGGCCCCCUUUGCUACUCUCACUCCUUCCAACAUUCGCCUAAUAAAGGACAAACACACACACCUCAACAGGGGCUUUGCCUUUCUGCAGCUUUCCACCAUCGUGGAAGCCUCUCAGCUGCUUCAGAUUCUGCAGGCGCUCCAACCGCCUCUGUCUAUUGAGGGGAAGACUAUUGUAGUGGAGUUUGCCAAAGGCUCCAAACGUGAUGUGUUUGUGGCGGAUGGUAGCAGAGUGAGCGCUGCGACAGUGGCCAGCACCGCCAUAGCUGCUGCACAGUGGGCGGUCUCACAGAAUAUUCAAGGACCGGGUGGAAAUGUAGAUGCAGCUGUUUACCAGCAGGGGGCAGCAAUGACGUACAGUCAUGAUGCGAAAGAGUACACCGGACAAGACGGUACUACUUUUAAGUCCCAGGCAGAUGCAAGAGCUGCCAGCAUGUCAAGUACUGCCCCACCCUUGACCGGUGUCAUCUCUGAGGCAGUAAAAACUGGUCCAGCAGCGGCACAGCAGGCUCUUCCUUACAAACCGACAAUUGCCACCACAGCAGCCACCCCGCUGAUCACACAGAUUGAAAUCGUGGGAAAACCACAGCCUGCCACUCCCAGUCAACCUGCAACUCCAGGCACAGAACAUGAACUCAAGCAAUACCCUGUACCAGACGUGUCUACAUAUCAUUACGACGACAGCUCUGGCUUCUAUUAUGACCCAUUCACAGGACUCUACUAUGACCCAAAUUCUCAGUACUACUACAACCCUCACUCGCAGCAGUACAUGUACUGGGACGGGGAGAAACAAACCUACAUUCAUGCUGCCAACCAGUCAAACACUGAAGAUUCUUCCUCAAGUGAGAAUGCAGCUUCUUCAGAGUCGCAGUCUUCAGCCUCUGGAAGCAAGGAAAAAAAAGAGAAGCCGAAGAGCAAAACUGCUCAACAGAUUGCUAAAGAUAUGGAACGCUGGGCCAAAAGUCUUAAUAGGCAAAAGGAGAACAUGCGCUCUGGUUCUUCAUCUGCUGUUGGGUCCACUUCUCUCCCUCCUGGAUACACGCGGACUCCAGGCCACGGGCGCUUGGACGAUCAAAGAGAGUCUGCAAGCGCAGAUGCAGGAUAUGCUGUACUGGAGAAAAAGGGGGCACUGUCAGAACGGCCUCAAAGCUUUCUGGACCAACUCCGACAAAGCACAGAACAGUCGCCUCCUCAACAGCACGGCCUGGUUCCAGCCUACAGCGCAGAAACUGACAGCGAAGAGGAAGGAGAUAAAGAAGAUAAGGAGGGAAAAAUGACAGACUGGGUUAAACUCGCCUGCCUGCUAUGUAGGAGGCAGUUUCCAAGCAAAGAGGCGCUCAUAAGGCAUCAGCAGCUCUCCGAACUACACAAGCAAAAUUUGGAACAGAGAAGAAAACAAUUGGAUGCAGUAAACAGAGAGAGACUGGAACCUCCAGAUUCUAGGAAGCGGAAGUUUAACCCUCUUGAAGGCAUCACGGGCAUUAGUCUUGGAGCACGAAUGCUACAAGGAGGAGUGAAAAGAAGUCUUCUACUGCAUAAUACAGAGAUCGAGUGACCUCUCCUGUACAAUUCCUGACCCAGAAAGGACAAGCUCACCUGUGCAACACUUCACUCUUUCCCAUUACAUAGACAGAGAAAAUCUAUUUUGGUCUGACAAUACUAGUCUGAAGAAUAUAGUACUCCGUAGAUCAGAUCCUUUGGACUGAUCCUGUAGCAGUAGAUGUCAAAAUAUUGCACAAAUUGCACCUUUUUGCUGUUUUUUUAUGUGAUUAAAAUUUCCUCUUGCUUCAGUUUAAACAUUUGAUUCAGAAUUAUGUACUUUCUGAAAAUAAACGCUCUAUACAGGUCUAUAUGUCAGUAAAUGAGAAUUUCUAUCAUGUCUAUGCACCAUUCUUUUUUUGUUUUUAAGAAUUUACUGUCAUUUAUUAAAUGACAUAAACUGUGUAUAUUUUAGAGAUUUGUACAGAAACACUUGAGCUUAACAGACUUGGACCUCCUGGACUGGAACAUGGUCACUCACUAAAAUUGUUGUGCUGGAAAAGAGUUUUGUUAUUUAGCAGAAGUUAAUUAACUGCAUAAAACCCAUUCAACUUUAAAGAAAAAA